GGGGCAUCAGCCGAUGCAGGAAGUGUUUUAUCAUCACAGCCAUUGUAGAAACAAACAAGCAUUUCUUUCUUUACCGUGACUAAGCAUGAUUAGUAUGUUGAUAUAAACAAAUCAAAUCGUUAUUAAAAACGUAAAGGACUGCGGAAAAAUCAGGCUGGAGACAUCAUGACUGACCACAAUGACUGCAGUCUUUCCUCUGAGGAGAGGGUGCGUGCACUCACCAAGCUGGGCAGCUCUGUGGAUGUCAGUGAAGAUGUGCCGCCCCGCCGAUACUUCCGUUCAGGAAUGGAGAUCAUCCGAAUGGCCAACAUCUAUGCAGAGGAGGGGAAUGUAGAGCAUGCAUUUAUUCUUUUCAAUAAGUACAUUACGUUGUUUAUUGAAAAACUUCCUAGACAUCGAGACUAUAAAACAGCCAACAUUCCUGAGAAGAAAGAAACAAUGAGGAAAUUAAAGGAAAUCGCCUUUCCGAAAGCAGAGGAGCUGAAAAUGUUGCUUCUUAAGCAGUAUGAAAAAGAAUAUGCCGAAUAUCUUGUCCUGAAGAGAGCAGAGCAGGAGGCCGAGGCUCGAGAGACGAUCAGGCAACAGGAGCUGGAGGCCGAGCGGCAGAGACAGGCCGAGCUGCAGCAGCGGCAGCGUGAACAGGAGCAGUUCAUCACCUUCGAGGAGAAGAUCCGCAGGCAGGAACUGGAGAAAGAGCGCAGGCGGAUCGUUCAGGAGUUCAGCAUUCCAGAAUCCCCCACCCUUCCCCCUGAUCUUCUGUUGCCUGGUGUGCAUGGAACUCCACAAGCUGCGUUCUCAACACCAGCGCCCCCUGGAGAAGCUCUGGACCUUAUAUCUCCGACUUCAGGGCUCCCAGCGUUUGACCGCUCCUUGAAGCCUGGUGUUCCAGUUACUGCAGGACAAUGUGUGUCGGUAAACGGCUUGCGUCAACUCUUCGUGCCCGCCGAGCUGUGCCCGAAUUUUUUAAAGCUGGCAGAAGCCAACACAGCACGAGCGGUGGAGACCUGUGGCAUUCUUUGUGGCAAGCUGAUGAAGAAUGCUUUUACAGUGACUCAUGUGAUCGUGCCCAAGCAGUGUGGAGGACCAGACUACUGUGACACAGAGAACGAAGAGGAACUUUUCCUGAUCCAAGAUCAGAACGACCUCAUUACACUGGGCUGGAUUCAUACCCACCCCACCCAGACAGCCUUUUUGUCCAGUGUGGACAUGCACACGCACUGUUCUUAUCAAAUGAUGCUUCCUGAGUCCAUAGCCAUUGUCUGCUCACCUAAAUUCAACGAGACGGGCUACUUCCGGCUAACAGACUAUGGGAUGGAUGAGAUCGGUUCCUGCAAACAAAGAGGAUUUCACCCACAUCCAAAGGAGCCUCCACUCUUUUCUGCUAGCCGCCACACCACUAUUACUGAUGGAAGUGUGACCGUGCUGGAUCUGCGGUGAUGUCAUCCACGCUGCUUUAGAAUACGUGCCUUCGCUCCUGACAUCCCAGCAACAAACUGGCCAAGAAUCUCCCAAUGGGCUAAAUAAAGCACUACGCUGAACAUCGCCGCAGCUGCUGAGCCUCUAUUAUCUUAUCAUCUUAAGUGCAUGGAUGGCAAUUAUCUGGUUUAAUUUCAUUGAAACGCAUCAAAACUGCCGCUGGUGUCACAGAGAUGCCGCACUUCACCGUUAAGCAGUUUGAAACGAUCGUUGCAGUGUUAUCUGUUUUGUCAUUCCUUCUUUAAGCCUUUCAAAAUGAUGAAAGCAAAAUGGCUCGUGCAGGAUCACGUAAGCCUUCCAGUUACAAUUGUUCUGUUGUUUUCUUAAAAAUCCUGUUUUUGUUUUUUUUGCUCUGCUUCCAUACUGGAAAUGCUUCAGUUCUUUGUGUUGAUGAGAAGGUUGUCAUAUGUCACAGCAGUCAGUUUUAGACAGACUGUACUGAACCACUGGGUCUCACGAGUGUGUUCAUGUUUCUUGUGAUCUCACUAAAUAUUUAUAUGCUUUAGUUGCCUAGCACUUUUAUCUUUAAAUAUCACACUGUAAUUUUAACAGCGUGGGACUUCUCACAUGCACCUAAAUUUAAGAUAUAUUUAAGAUAUUACCUGAACAGCUAGGGUAACGUUAUUAUAUAUCAGACUGUUAACAGGAUAGCAGAUUGAAGCAGAGCAGUUUAAAAAAGACAUUUCAUUCCAUUUUCUCUCAGCCAAACUAUUAUCUGUUGCACUUUUUAUAAUGCAUCAUAAUACUGAGACUAACACAUCUGCAAUUGUUUAUAAUUAUUAUAUAUGAUUUAGUUAUAUAUACAAGUUUUAUAAUUGUUUAAUUGGAUUGUCUUUGUUAUGUUUUGCUUCAUUUCUUAUAUGGUACAAUGCAAACAAACAGCCUCAUUUGAGCUAUUCUCUGUUAAGUUAAAUUAAAUGUUUUGAAAGCUAGCAUUUAGUGUUCCAGUGAUCUCUGAUUAUUUAAAAUAAAAUACAAU